GCCCGCCCUGCCGGCCGGGGCCGUUAGGGGGCGCUGCCCGGCCCGCCAUGGAGCAGGGCGACCACCUGAGCCUGCCGCCCCCGGCCGAGGCCCCGGGUUGUGAGCCACAGAAGUUGAGGACCGUAUUCAUGAUCGUGGUUAGUGCCGUGGCCCUGAUAGCGCUGAUUGUGUUAGCGGUCGCUCUGGGAGUCGCUGAUCCAGGGAGAAGAAACACCACGGUGCUUCAAAUCCCCAGAUCCACCUGUGUGGAAAACUUAAUCACGUGCCCUAAAAGUUGGCUGCGAUUCCACAAGAACUGCUUCUAUUUGUCAACCGAAGCCAGGACCUGGGAGGGCAGUAAAAGCUUCUGUGCCUCGCUUGAAGCCACUCUUUCUAAGAUCACCACCAAGCAGGAAUUGGAUCUCCUGAAGAAGCAAGUGGGCCUGUUUAACUUUUGGAUCGGGCUGAGCAGGAAAAAAGACUCAAUCUGGAGGUGGACAGACGACAACGUGUUCAACAGUUUGUUCAUCAUCACUGGGGGAGGGGAGUGUGCCUAUUUAGAUGCUUCUGGCGUUAAGACUGCCAGUUGCAACCAGCCCAGAAGACAUCUUUGCAGCAAAGCAGGCUUCUGCAGGCAGAAGAGAGGGGGAAUUCCACACACGACAUACGGGGUUGAAAGGGAACGGACUUGAUGAAGAACUCACCCGGGUUUGCUCCGUCGGGCAGGAAAGGACCUUGUAACGAUACCAGCUCAAGGAGAAGACCAUCAAGCAUCAAUAAAGCAUAAACCUGAGUA